CCUUCUGGGGCCUGGCAGCUGGCACAGCAGUGACAGCGAGCCCCCGAGUGGCCUCGCAGGGUCGGCACUGCUUCCCCAUCACGUCUGCCCAGUUGCCCUAGUGACUGUGUGACCCUUCUCCCCCGCCCUCGCUACCACCAGCCCUAUAAAUAGAGGCGAGGAGCAGCUGGGCUCUCUUGGCAGUCACCAUGAGGGCACUGGUCCUGCUCUGCUGCUUCGUAGCGUCGCUCCUGCUCCCAGGACAAGCAGAACUGCAAGUUUCUGCUUCGGGUGGCACAGAAGAUGUUGGCAAUUUGUUGGAGAAUCAUUUCUCUGCUGGAGACGCAAGUCUAGAGGAGAAGGAAAGGGCGCUUUAUGCAGAGGCGACCCCUCGAGAGAAGAACCUGCUCCUUCACUCCCCAGAUGGCAGGGAGGCUGAGAGCUCGGAGAAGACUGCUGCUGGGGCCCCCACCGCCCCUGGCCAGGGCUCUGACCCCGAAGCCAGCCUCUCCAAUGCCUCAGCCUCAGAGUCAGCUUCCCCCGGGGACCCUGCGGGGCCACCAGAAGCAAGUGCCCUCCUUUCAGAAGGGGAGGGGGAAACCCGGGAAGACAGGAGGCCUGAGCUCAGUGCAGGAGAGGGCCCAGCAGAGGAGGCAGAAGGACAGGCUGGGAGUGGUGCAGUCCCUGAGGAAGCUGAGAAAUUCCUAGCGGACAGCCCCGUGCAGGGAGCAGCAGCAGGGCCCUCUCCUGUCGCGGAGGCUGAGCAGGCCCACACGCCCGAGACAGCAGGCGAGGGCAGCCCAAGGCCUGAUCAGGGGCCAGAAGGGCCAGAUGGAGUCCUGAAUGUGAACACAGAAGCCAGGGAGGUGCCUGAGGACCAGGGGGAGCCGGGCCCCAGCCCAGCCACGGAGACAGGGGGUGCCCAGGAAGACCGCCCCCAAGAGGUCCAGGCGCCAGGGAGGCCCAAGGAGGACCCGGAGAAGGCCUCCUCUGAGGAAGAGGGUGGCAGCCACAGCGAAGAGGAAGGAGGAGUUCCAUCACAAGAAGAGUUGGAGGACAGCGGCGACGGGGCUAGUUCAGAGGAAGCAGGGGCCUCCUCCGAGGAAGCGGGGGAACCCCAGGAAGCAGCAGAAACUCCGAGCGGUGGGGACAAGGGGGCCCAGCUGAGCUCAGAGGAACCAAAUCCAGGGCCUCAGGGGGACGAGGCCCUGGAGGCCCAGGCAGAGGAGCCCGAGGAGGGACCUCAGGAAGAGGCGGAGGAUGUGAGUGAAGAAGCCCCAUUGAGGGACCGCACCCACAUCGAGAAAACUCUGAUGCUGGACGAGGACAAGCCAACUGAUGAUUACUCUGCGGUGCUGCAGCGGCUUCGAAAGAUCUACCAUUCGUCCAUCAAGCCCCUGGAGCAGUCUUACAGAUACAACGAGCUUCGGCAGCAUGAGAUCACAGAUGGGGAGAUCACUUCUAAGCCGAUGGUGCUGUUCCUGGGACCGUGGAGCGUCGGCAAAUCCACCAUGAUAAACUACCUCCUUGGGUUGGAAGACACUCGCUACCAGCUCUAUACAGGUGCUGAGCCCACCACUUCCGAGUUCACCGUCCUCAUGCAUGGACCCAAACUGAAAACCAUCGAGGGGAUUGUCAUGGCUGCUGACAGCACUCGGUCCUUCUCACCCCUCGAGAAGUUUGGCCAGAAUUUCCUGGAGAAGCUGAUUGGCAUCGAGGUUCCCCACAAACUUCUGGAGCGGGUCACUUUUGUGGACACACCAGGCAUCAUCGAGAACCGCAAGCAGCAAGAAAGAGGUUACCCCUUCAACGACGUGUGCCAGUGGUUCAUCGACAGAGCCGACCUCAUUUUUGUCGUCUUUGACCCAACCAAGCUGGACGUGGGUCUGGAGCUGGAGACGCUGUUCCGCCAGCUGAAGGGGCGUGAAUCCCAGAUAAGGAUCAUCCUGAACAAGGCCGACAACCUGGCCACACAGAUGCUUAUGCGGGUCUACGGGGCUCUCUUCUGGAGCUUGGCCCCACUCAUCAACGUCACGGAGCCCCCGAGGGUCUACGUCAGCUCCUUCUGGCCGCAAGACUACAAGCCCGAUACCCACCGGGACCUGUUUCUCAAGGAAGAGAUCUCCCUCCUGGAAGACCUGAACCAGGUGAUCGAGAACAGGCUGGAGAACAAGAUCGCCUUCAUCCGCCAGCAUGCCAUCCGCGUGCGCAUCCACGCCCUCCUGGUCGACCGUUACCUGCAGACGUACAAGGACAAAAUGACCUUCUUCAGUGACGGAGAGCUGGUCUUUAAGGACAUCGUGGAAGAUCCUGAUAAGUUCUAUAUCUUCAAGACCAUCCUGGCAAAGACCAACGUCAGCAAAUUUGACCUUCCCAACCGCGAGGCCUAUAAGGACUUCUUUGGGAUCAAUCCCAUUUCCAGCUUCAAGCUCCUGUCCCAGCAGUGCUCCUACAUGGGGGGCUGCUUUCUGGAGAAGAUUGAGCGGGCCAUUACCCAUGAGCUCCCUGGCCUCCUGGGAAGCCUGGGGCUGGGGAAGAAUCCCAGUGCUCUCAACUGUGACAAAACAGGGUGUGGCGAAACCCCGAAGAAUCGCUAUAAGAAACACUAGGUUGUUGCGCGGCCGUUCUCGGGUUCCUGUUGGUGAAUGAGCUUGUGUCCUGUCUGAGAAGUCCUGGUUUAUUAACCCUUUGAGCCACACUGGCAAGAAUCUUUAUGCAUCGGAGAUUUGGGAGUUAAUUUGAGGCCAGUGGUGGGGGAAGGUGUGGGUCGAGGGAGACGAGUGGAAACUGUGAAUUAUAGUGUGCUUGUCUCGUUGCUUCAAUUAGGGGGCCUGACUGAGGUAAGUCAGGCACGCCUGCUUUUCCUGGGUCCUAUCUCGGAGGGACAGAGAGCAGCUAAAUUCUAGUGUAUACUGAAGUAAUGAGCGUUAAAUAAGCUAAAAGUAGCAGAAGUUCUUUUUUCCCCCAUAAGCUGGGAAAAUAGAGAAGACUUGAGUUCUGUAGGGCCAGCCAGGUCCACUGUGGCCGCCUUCCACACACCCUUCCGUUUGUCCCCCAGCCCUCGGCUGUCUCCUCAGCUUGGGGUGACUUCAACAGGGGACAGUCUAUUGGGCCUGAAUCAACCUGGGUUUUGAGCCUAACCCCAGGCCCUCUUCCCUGUUUCCUCAAGGGGUGAGGGGAUGGUUUAGGGUCCCAGAACUCUAAGAUAGAACAAGAGUUCCCAGGCUAGGAGAAGGAUCUGCCUCCCAGUGCCAUUUCUUUGGCGUGGUCUUUUAAGCCACCUGGGAAGCUCAGUCCCUGUAUUGGCCCCAAGAGGAGGGUAAAUGUUCCGUGUAUUCAGGUAAUUCACUGGAAGUGACUACAGUGAAAGUACUGGAAGGGCUCAGAGGGUUAAUUGGUUUGCAGUGUGUCUUUGUCUAUUGCAUGUCUUGGAAAACUCGGACCCCAAAGAUGUUGGAUUUCAGGGGACAAUGGAGACCUUGCUCCUUUUCAUCAGGAACUUCUCUGGGCAGCCCGCUUCUCCCAAAUGUAAGAGGAGGCUGUUUCCACAGCUUCUCUGUGGAGACACUCAGCACAAGAGUCGUUCCUUCCUGGUUUUCAUCACCAUGACUUUCCCUUUCCCUUCUUCUCUAUUCCCUGAUGUGCCAACACUCAAAAAACUCAGAGUAAUUUCCCAGGAGUCAGAACCAGCACCAGCCACUCGGUAUCGGUGGCAACCAAGGUUGUCCGUUCAGUUUCUCCCCUGCACUUGGUGCUGAUACCCACUGGAUGCACCACAGGAAAGCCAGGGCCUUCAAAUACCGACGAGUGUGGAUGUGUGUGUAUUAUGUUGUCCAAGAGAGAUUAGGGAGAUAACAGAUGCCACAGGGCAUAGCAAAAGAACUUGUGAGAGUCCUGCCUGGCUGGUGUGCCACCACGGAGGGCCGUGGGGGACAGAAGAUGUGGGGGAAGACCCUGGAGUGAAGAAGCCAUUUGAUGAAAAGUAGGUGAGUGAACAGUCUGUGCAAAUCCAGGCGACCUGGCCCAGGGCUGCCCGGAGGGCCUCCUGCCUAGGGAGCCAGCCUCUCUUGGGAGCUUCACCAGGAGGCAGGGGUCAGGAUCCGCCAGCACCAGGAAGUCAUCCUGGACCAGAGGGAGAGGCACUCAGGAUCAGGCAGUGGAAGCAAAUUGGUGAUCGCAUUAGGUCCAUGCGGAGAACUGCAACUUCGGAAUUCCUGUUUCUGAGAAUUAUUAGCACUCUGGUGUAUGCUGCAACAGAGGUUGCUUCUUUGGGCUUUUUGGAGGACCUGGAACCUCCCACAAGAAAGCCAGAGGCCCCAAAGCCUCCAGGACAUUGUUUCUAAGGACAGAACCAACCAGAGAAGAAAAGGGGUCUGCUAGGGAUGUCCAAGGAGUCUGGUGACCAGGGCCUGACGAGCUGCUUUUCUUCUCAUCAAAAACCAACCCUUGCCUCAUCUCUCCAUCAUUUAUCCUCUUGAGAGUCUGCCCUCCCACCUUGGUCCUUAAUGCCCCUUAGUGCCCUCGAACUCCUCUUGGCAUAUCUGUUUCUUAGUGCAGCAGGGGAAAUAAAAUGUGCACAACUGUAUGGGCAUUUUUAUAGCUGCUGAUGUCACCAUUGCUUUGGGGAAAGCGGGUGGAAUGAGGCUAAUACAUUCAUACAAUAUUUAUAUUUGCAGGGGUGACAUUACCAGUGUGAUCUUUUUUUUCCUCUUCUCCAUUUUCCUUUUCUUAGUCGUGUUCCUCUGCUCACUCCUUGACUCACCUUUUCUCUAACUGCUUGCAGGCUUGUCCGUCAGUCAGCUCGGGCUUUAAGAGAGCUGUUUUGUGCCUCGCACUGUGGAGGUGGAUUUCAAACAGAAUUCUGACUUUUGGGGGGAUGGGGAGUGGGUUGGGAGCUGGGGGAAAUUUAGGAUCCAGAGAUUCCCCCAAGAGGAGUAUCUGUAAGUAUUUGUGCCUGAACAGUUGCUGUUUCUCUCCAAAGCGGAACCUUUCCAAUGUUUCCAUUCUGAUUUCAGCAGGGAGAAAGUCUCAAUAAAGUUCCAAUCUCUCUUUAA